AAACUGUCGCACAUCGGAUCAGAAAUCAUACCGCAGUUGUUCGUUCAACAAAUAACAGUUUUAUUUCAAUCGAAAGAUUAACCCAAUAAGCUUUGGAAAAAUGAAAUUCUUGGUUGUGUGCAUGUUUGCCCUUGUGGCCACUAGCAUGGCUGGUGUAUCGAAGAAGGAGAAACGUGGUUUGUUGCCAUCCGCCGGUUUAUCCGGAGGCGCUUUCGGUGCUGGUUCAGCUGCUUUUGGUGCUGGUUCAGCUGCUUUUGGUGCUGGUCCAGCUUCGUAUGCUGCUGCCCCAUCAUAUGCUGCCCAAGCUUUGCCAACUCAAGUUCAAAACACUCAUUCAGUUGAACGUAUCAAUGUUCCACAACCCUACCCAGUUGAACGCACAAUCGUCAAGACUGUUGGUGUUGACCGUCCAGUCCCACAACCCUACCCAGUUGAAGUUGUCAAACACGUACCACAACCAUAUCCAGUUGAACGUCAAGUUCCACAACCAUACCCAGUAGAAGUUAAAGUGCCAGUUGAACAACCAAUUCCAUACCCAGUAGAACGUGUUCGCACCGUUGUCCAACGUGUCAAUGUACCACAGCCGUAUGCUGUUGAACGUCAAGUCCCAGUCCCACAACCAUACUAUGUCCAACAACAACCACAAGUCAUCGCUAUUGCCGCUCAACCUCAACCAAUUGCCUACGCUGCCCAACCUGCUUUGGACACCUCAUACGCUUCCCCAGCCUUGUCUGAUAGCUCAUACGCUGCCCCAGCCUUUUCUGCUAGCUCAUACGCUGCCCCAGCUUUGACUAGUUCAUACGCUGCUCCAGCUUUGAGUAGCUCAUACGGUGCUUCAGCUUCAUACGCUGCUCCAGCUUCAUACGCUGCUCCAGCUUCAUACGCUGCUCCAGCUUCAUACGCUGCUCCAGCUUCAUCCGCUGCUCCAGCUUCAUACGCUGCUCCAGCUUCAUACGCUGCUCCAGCUUCAUACGCUGCUCCAGCUUCAUACGCUGCUCCAGCUUCAUACGCUGCUCCAGCUUCAUACGGUGUUUCAGCUUCAUACGCUUCUCCAGCUUCAUACGGUGCCGCUCCACAAUGGUAAAAACCACAAGACAACAUGCCAAAACUAUCAUCUGAAUGAUGAUACACGUUUCAGGGUUUCAUUUUUCCACUCUUGUUAUUUGUUAUCAUUGGAAAAAAACUGUUUGAAAUUGUUUAUAA